ACGGUUCCAGAACGUGAAUUUACCCCCCUAGAACUACAGGCGACCUCGCGUCCCCCCUUUCCCUUGGGUCCUUAGUACUGGCGCUGUCACCUCUGCAGCACCAGCUUGGCCGUGCGGUGGGGUGGCCGGAGGGACGCGGGCGAGGCGGCCUGGACCAGCCGGGAAGCGCCGGCGCCGCCCCGAGGCGGGGGCUGCGCGCCAUGGGUCGGCCGGGGCGCUCGGCCCGCGAAGGCUAGAGCCGGCGCCGGGCACCCGAGCUGCGCGGGCCUCCAGGCCGGGGCGGCUCGGCCUCCACCGCCUCCCGGCGCCCGCAUCCCCGCGGCCGAAGAGCCAUGGAAGACGGCCCGCUCCCGGACCUCAGGGACAUCGAGCUGAAGCUGGGGCGCAAAGUGCCCGAGAGCCUGGCGCGCUCGCUCCGCGGGGAGGAGCCGGGGGCCGGGCCCGGGAACCCCCGCACGGGCGGCUGCGGCAGGAGCGGCGGCUGCGCCCCCGCGCCCGCGCCCUCCGCACCCGCCGGCUCCCCGCGGCGGAGCCCCUCGGGCGCCCUGGAGCGGCUGGAAACCAAGCUCCGGCUUCUCCGGCAGGAGAUGGUUGACCUCAGAGCCACAGACGUCCGACUCAUGCGGCAGCUGCUCGUUAUCAACGAGAGCAUCGAGUCCGUCAGGUGGAUGAUGGAGGAGAAGGCCACCCUGACCAGUCGAGGCAGCAGUCUCAGCGGCAGCCUGUGCAGCCUCCUGGAGAGCCAGAGCACCUCGCUGCGCGGCAGCUACAGCAGCCUGCAGGACGGCAGCGACGGGCUGGACGGCAUCUCUGUGGGAAGCUACCUGGACACUCUGGCGGACGACGUUCCGGGACACCAGACCCCUUCAGACGUGGAUCAGUUCAGUGACAGCUCCAUCAUAGAGGACUCCCAGGCGCUGCACAAGCACCCCAAAUUGGACUCUGAGUACUACUGCUUUGGCUAAUGAUCCAGGUGUGUGCAUGGGACUGUUGCGCAAUUAACUCGUGUCUACCCUCCUCCUCCUCCUCUGCUGCUGCUAUAUUUUUGGUGUGUUUGUUUUUAAAUAAGAAAACCUUUUUGAAGAAGCUUAUUUUUAAACUGCUUAAUGGUCUUUCUUUUGCUCCUAAUACUUCUCAUCUAGAUUGAUUUAUUUUUCUCCAUUGCAGCUCUAUUUUUAUUUAUUACAACAUUUUUCCUCCCUUUUACUGUAGCACAAAGAAAAUAGGGGGAAAGAAUAAGCAAUAAGGAUGUCUUUGCUUUUGUUUUAGAGCAAGGGGUCAGGGCUGUAAGAUAUACUUUGCUAAAUUUUACAAUAAACCAAAGUCUGAUAACUUAAGUUUGUUGCUUGUGUU